AAAGAUAGCCCAUUCCUCUUUCCCUUCCGCUCAAUCUUUCUACUCCUACCAAAAAACUAGCACCACGGCUACUUCCAUCUCCACCUCUCUCGACGCGGCGACGCCUACAUCCACCGCCAUCUGCCUCAUAACGCCACCACCCCCUCGUUCUUUUAGAAUUUUCAAGAAAAAUUUCCCUCUCUCUUUUUCAGAAAAUAAAAAAUAAUUCCAUUCGCUCCCUGAGAUCCCAUUGCGUUGCAUCAACGUCCCAUAUCCUGCCGGAAACCACCGCUUCCCUCCACAAUCACAGGCAAUUUCAAGCAAAAAAAAGAAAAAUUUAGCUACAUGUAACUGGUAAACCUAGUUCAAUUUGUUGUUUACCUUUCCUUUUUUGUGGGGUUGCAUACAUGGCUGCUCCAUCCCCAGCCCUAACCACUGCCAGCUCCGACGCCGUUCACACUUCCGCCACCACCAUCACUGCCACCCUAUCUUCGCACCGUACAGAUGGGCCACCGAAGACACUCCGCGGUCUCAACAAACCCAAGUGUAUUCAGUGCGGCAACGUCGCUCGCUCCAGGUGUCCCUACCAGUCAUGCAAAAGUUGCUGCUCAAAAGCUCAAAAUCCAUGCCAUAUUCAUGUUCUGAAAGCAAAUGCCACUUUUCCAGAGAAGGCACCAGCUUCAAGCUCUUCUUUGUUUGAUCAGCAGUCAACUGAAGUGUCUCCUGCAUCGAGUUCACUAAGAGCUGCAUCACUUAGACAGCUUUCUAACAAUUUUUCUCAAUUCAACAAUUUGCAUGCCUCCCGAUCAAGGAAGCCAUUAACCAGAAAGGAAGCUGCAACUAUAAAUGAAUGGAGGUUUUCCAAGCUAAAGGAGUACAGGGAAAGAAACAUUGAAGUGGAAAAUGAAGCUUUUGACCGGUACAUGCAGAAUAUUAACUUAUUGGAGGAGGUAUUUUCUGUGAAAUCUAUUCUAGAAAGCUCCACGAAAGGAUCUAUAGAGGACACUUCCCCUUCAUCGAAUCCCCGUGAUGCUACUGCAGAAGUUGACACAGAAACGAUGAUGGCAGGGCAGAAUUUGGAGCUCAGGUUUAGUCCUAAAAAAAGUGAGAAUGCUCGAAAAAGGAUACAAGAAAUUGUUGAUGCGGGUUUAAAUAAGCUUCAGAAACAUGAGUCCAAUGAUGGUGCUAAGCUGAAUGGUGAUAAUGAGCUUGAGAAAGGGUCAGAAAAGGCAAAAAGUUUGCGGGCUGACAGGGCUUCAGCUUUAAAUGAUCUUAUUGAGAAAUUGAACAAAGCCCGAAAUGAAGAGGAUCUAACAUCUUGCCUGGAAAUGAAAGCCCAGCUGUACAGUUGCCAUGAUCAAACAGAAGCCAGAGAUGUGGAGAUAUCCAAUGAAGAGAGUGCCGCAAAUAAGGUGGCACCUGCAAAAGAGUUGGAUUAUCUUUCGCAAAAAUUGUUUAGAACAGUGGAAAUUGAUCAGGAAGCUCUCAACAGCAUUGCUGCACAUUUCUCUUCCCUACAAAAAGUAGCAAAUUUAUGAUUGUAGAGUUCAGGUCAAGUUGAACUUGAAUAUUUUGAGUUUAUGCUUGAAUACUGUGAUCCAGCCGCAUUAGUCUCUAGCUUAGAUGCAACCAAUCCAUUGUAGAAUAAUUAUUGUGAAAAUUUCUCUUAGUUUCUUCA